AUGCGAUCAACACCCAAGGAACAAGAAAAGCUAAGAGUGCAAGACCAAAAUCAACGAUUAUCAAAAAUGGAAGAAGGAAUAAAGGAAUUAAUCGAAAUCGUCAGCAAGGCGCUAGGACAAAGACAACAACAAACGUUACCACCAAUCCAAAUAAACAACAGACAACAAGCAAUACAAUGCUACCCACAAACACCAAUGCAAUCACACCAUCCACCACCCCCAAUACAACCAUACUACCAACCACCACCAAUACAAUGCUACCAGCAACCACCAAUACAACCACACCAUCAACUACCACCAAUACAACCAUACUACCAACCACCGCCAAUACAAUGCUACCAGCAACCACCAAUGCAACCACACCAUCAACUACCACCAAUACAACCAUACUAUCAACCACCGCCAGUACAAUGCUACACACAACCAUACUACCAGCCGCUACCGCAAUCACCAUGGUACCCACAACCACUAAUACAAGUAAUACAAUACAACUACCAGCCACAACAACAUUUCUUUUAG